AUGAAAUCUAUUUCAUUGGCUUUAUUUGGCUUGUUCACUGUUUUAUUCAUUAAUGGUCUUCCAUUUAAUGUCAAAAGCAACGAUGGAAGUGAUUGUAACUACAUUUCUGCUACAGAUCCUUGUGAUACAUGGUACAAGCAGCAAGGUAAUUCCACAACUCUUGUGGAUGGAACACCAAAACCACCAUGUCAAAUUUCAAAAGACUUUACGAGCCCAUUGCCUAAUGUUGCUGGUAAUUGGAUAACAGAUGAAACAUGUAAUCCAAAGCAGAUUAUUGGCAAAUGUCUAUUCCAUCCAGGGGCAUACGGCUGUUAUCGAAGUUGUGUAGGUACAACAGGACCAAGUGGUCAAGCAUGUUAUGACAUAAAUGGUAAAUUUAUUGAACAGUCUCAACCAGGUGCUGGUUCAGUUGACGCAGAAACUAUAUGUGGUAACUCACUGCCCCAGGGCGUAAAACACUUUUGUGCUGAUGUUUUGCCAUAUAUUCUAUGUUGUGAAUUUCCUGGUACUAGUUCACCAGACAAUUGCAACAAAUACAAUCAAGCACGUCCAGUAGGAACAUGUCAAGGUACAUCUGCUUUUUGA